AUGUCUAGGCUUACAGAAAGUGAUCGGUUGAAACUGUUUGCAUUUUUGGAGCGACUUAUCCUGGGCGUGAAAAUUGUAUUCAUUUUGAUCGCCAUAUUCAUAAUUCUGGGAAAUAUGCUGGUGUUGAUUGCGACCUGGAGAGAAAGAAGUCUUCAUCAACCAAGCAAGUAUUUCAUCGCUUUUUUGGCUUUUGGUGAUCUUUUGGUUGGUUUAUUCACAAUACCAGUCGACGUGUAUAUUCUAUCUAUAUUAAUUGAAUUAAGAUUUUCAAUCCCUAUUCAUUUCUGUCGUUUCAUGGAGUGGAUGAGUAUCUUUGCGGUAACAACAUCCAUUUGCACACUGACAUUCAUCAGUUUUGACCGAUAUCUCAAAAUCAGCAAACCACUUAAGUACAAAUCAAGAAUGACAACUUCCAGAUCAGUAAAGAUAAUUUUCUCCAUUUUUCUCAUUUCAACUGCUUUUGCAACUUACUCAGCGACUCAAAUUUCGACCACCGGGCUCGUUCUUUGCAUUAAUGACUCUGACACAAACAAAUCCAAAGUAUUUGACCUUGUUUCAUCAAUACUUGGGUUUAGUCUGCCUGCAAUUAUCAUCUUUAUCAUGUACACUCUCAUUUUUCUUUUCGCUCACAAACGAAACAAAAUGCUCGCGAAUGGUGAACUGGGCGAAACAAUCAACGAUCAGAACCGACGAACUGUAUUACGUCGAGAUAUGAAAGUGAUUAAAAUGCUGUUGGUUGUCGUUGGAGUUUUCUUACUUUGCUGGGGUCCUUCGUUUAUCAGUACGUUGGUGUUUCUUUACCAUCCUUGGCCUGACUGGCAUAACAAUUCAUUAAGCGACUGGUACCGGGACUUAAUUAUUCUUUUUAUCGUGUACGCACUUCAAUUUGUUAACAGUCUCUGUAAUCCAAUAAUUUAUGCCUGUCUUGACCAAACGUACAGUGAAGCUUUCAAACAUUUGUUUCGCCGAAUGAUGUGUCGCGGACGAGAUUCAAGAAGACAACAACCACCAAUAGAAUUACAACUGCGAGCUUGA